AUGUCUGGGAGAGUGGCCUUCAGUGAGCCUGAGCUGGGCUUAUUUGGCGAAUGCAACAGAUUGGGGAACCACAAGGACGAUCCCCACAAAGGUCUGUGGCCCCUGGACUGGCGGGAUGUCGUUGGAUACAUCUUUGCUGCUGUCAGCCUGUUCAUUGCUGCUGGUGGCGGCAUCGGAGGGGGCGGCAUUCUCGUCCCGCUCUACAUCCUUGUCAUGGGUUUCCCCACCAACACGGCAGUGGCGCUGUCCAACAUCACGAUCGUGGGUGGGGCCAUCUCCAACUUUGUGUUCAACGUGGGCAGGCGCCACGCCUUCUUCAACCGGCCCCUCAUCGACUGGAACAUUAUCCUCGCCAUGGAGCCCGCCACCAUACUCGGUGCCCUGCUCGGCGGAUACCUCAACAAGGCGACGCCGAAUUGGAUGACCACGAUUCUGCUGGCGGCACUGCUGACGCUGCUGACAUACAAGCUGGUGGACCGCGCUGUGGUGACCUGGCGCAAGGAGAACCUGGAGUUCAAGCGCGCUGCCGCCGGCAGCAGCCAGGAUGGCAGCGACCCCUCCGAGCCGCUGCUGCGAAAGGGGCCCCAGGAGCAGCAGGAAAUCCUGAACGAGGCCUUCGCCCCCGAACAGUCGCCGCGCCAAUCGACGCAGCCGAUCGCGGCGGGUGCGCGGCCGAGCACAGAAAGUGCGCUGGUGUCCUUCUCCGGCCAGGACCCCGCGCACAAGAGCUCGCCGCUGACGUACACCUCUCUGGGCAACGAGGGCGCGGAGGGCGCGCACCUGGGGAGCUCCCUGGGAGGCUCCUUUCGCUCCAGCAGCCUCAUCAGGCGGGUGUCGCUGAUAGAGAGGGCUCGCAUCGCCAGCCUCAGCAACGUGCACGGCGCCGGCGAGGGCUCCAACCACCACGAGCCUGCCAUCGCCGAAGAUGCCCAAGGCAUGGAUCUCCCUUGGGACCCCACCUGGUCCCCCCUUGAAGCACCCUCUACCUGCAGUCUCGCCUGCUUCCCCUGCAUACAGUUGCCACUUACGCUGUUCACUGAGCGUGAGGUGUCCAUUCGGUGUGGAGUGGAGUGGAGUGUGGUGUUUGCCGACAACAACCUGAUUACCUCAUAUGGUGGCGCGGCCGUGGCCGGGCCGGUGGCUGCCGGUGCGGCCGCGGACGAAGCGGCGGCCAACGACGUCGCGGAGAAGAUCGAGGCGGCCGAGCCGCAAGUCCCGCCGCUGAAACUGGCACUGCUGUUCCUCAUGUUCGCAUGCAUUGUGGCCUCGGACUCGUUCAAGGACAGGACGGUGUGCGGCACGUGGCAGUACUGGCUGGUCGUCCUCUCCGUCCUCCCAGUCAUCCUCAUUAUCACCCUCUUUGUGCGCGCGUACCUGGUGCGGGACUUCAACGCAAAGCAGGCGUCGGGGUAUGUGUGGACGGAGGGGGACGUGGAGUGGAGCCGGCGCAACACGCUGCUCUUCCCUGCGCUGUCCUCGCUGGCGGGCCUCAUUGCGGGCAUGUUCGGCGUCGGCGGCGGCAUUGUGAAGGGCCCCCUCAUGCUCGAGAUGGGCGUCCUGCCCGACGUCGCAGCCGCCACCAGCGCCACCAUGAUCAUGUUCACCGCAGCUUCGGCCUCGGUCGUGUACCUGUCGUUCGGCGGCAUUCCCUUCGACUACGGCCUGGCGACUUUCCUCGUCGGCCUCAUCUUCACCAUGGUUGGCCAGGUGACCUGCUACUGGCUGAUGAAGGCGCUCGACAGGCGGUCAGUGGUGGUGAUAGCCAUGGCCCUGCUCAUGGUCAUCUCUAUGGUCAUUAUCUACUAUGAGGCCGUCGUGUCAACCAUUGCGGCUGUCCAGGACCACAGGCUCCUCGAUUUUGGCACCAUCUGCGUGGGGCAAGGUUGA